CGGCCGCGGGCGGGAUCGGGCUGGACAGACUCCGGGACUAAGUGGCAGCGAGACGGACCACCAGAGCUGCCGCCGCUGCCGGUGCCGGACACGGGCAUUCAAUAUGCAUUUCCAAGGGUUUGGACUAUGUAUGAGUCUUCUAUUUAUCUCAAUGAACACAGAAUUGAUGGGUGAUGGUGCUGAGGUGGAAGACGUCAAUAAAAAUUCAGAAGAGAUUGAUGCUAAGAAAGAUGAACACUCUUCUAGGACUAUUAAAUAUAAGACACCUCAACCCACAGGAGAAGUAUAUUUUAUAGAAACAUUUGACAGUGGAAAAUUGCCUGGGUGGGUCUUAUCCGAAGCAAGGAAAGAUGAUAUGGAUUCAGAGAUUUCUAUAUAUGAUGGAAGAUGGGAAAUCGAGGCGCUGAAGGAGAACCAGGUUCUGGGUGACAGAGGACUGGUACUGAAAUCUAGAGCAAGGCAUCACGCAAUAUCGGCUACACUAGUGAAGCCCUUUGUUUUUGCUGACAAACCUUUGAUAGUUCAAUAUGAAGUAAAUUUUCAAAAUGGCAUUGAUUGUGGAGGUGCAUACAUUAAACUCCUAGCGGACACUGAUGAUUUGAUUCUGGAAAAUUUUUAUGAUAAAACAGCCUAUACCAUUAUGUUUGGACCAGAUAAAUGUGGAGAAGAGUAUAAACUUCAUUUUAUCUUCAGACAUAAGCAUCCCAAAACUGGAGUUUUUGAAGAAAAACAUGCCAAACCUCCAGAUGUAGAUCUAAAAGAGUUCUUUACAGACAGGAAGACUCAUCUUUAUACUCUUGUGAUGAAUCCAGAUGACACAUUUGAGAUAUUGGUUGAUCAAAAAGUUGUAAACAAAGGAAGUCUGCUAGAGGAUGUGGUCCCUCCCAUCAAUCCUCCCAGAGAAAUUGAUGACCCCAAUGACAAAAAACCUGAAGACUGGGAUGACCGAGCAAAGAUCCCAGAUCUCUCUGCCGUCAAGCCCGAAGACUGGGACGAAUCUGAACCUGCCCAAAUAGAAGACUUGAGUGCUGUUAAACCCGAUGGCUGGCUUGACGAUGAACCGAAGUUUAUCCCAAAUCUGAAUGCUCAGAAACCCAGUGAUUGGAAUGAUGAUAUGGAUGGAGAAUGGGAGCCACCUCACAUGCCUAACCCAGCCUGUGAGAUUGGAUGUGGCAAGUGGAAACCUCCUAUGAUAGACAACCCGAAAUACAAAGGAGUGUGGAGACCGCCGAUGAUCAGUAACCCUGACUACCAGGGAAUCUGGAGUCCUCAGAAAAUUCCUAACCCAGAUUAUUUUGAAGAUAACCAUCCAUUUCUUCUGACUUCUUUCCGUGCUCUUGGUCUGGAGCUCUGGUCCAUGACCCCUGACAUCUAUUUUGAUAAUUUUAUCAUCUGUUCUGACAAGGAAGUAGCAGAUCGCUGGGCUAUGGAUGGCUGGGGAGUGAAACUCAUGGUAGCAAAGUCUAAUGAGCCUGGUAUCUUCAGACAGUUAAUCAUAGCUGCCAAGGAGCGCCCAUGGCUUUGGUUCCUUUAUCUGGUGAUUGCAGUGUUACCAGUAGCCAUAAUUACACCAUUAUUUUGGCCAAGAAAAGCAAAGAAAAAAGCUGAAGAUACCAAAUUUAAGAAAAUGGACCUAUGUAUACCGCAAUCAAAGGGAGCCUUGGAGGAGGAGGCAAAGAAAGAGGCCGUGCUGGAAACCGCAGUCCCGGAGAACGCAGUCCCGGAGACCACAGUCCUCGAGAAGCCAGAAGACGUGGAAGAGGAGAAAAAACAAAGUGACAGGGAAGGUGUUAAAAAAGAAGAGGAAGCUGAACCUGGGGAGCACAGUGAAGAAGAAGUAGAAAUCGUAGAAGGACAAGAGGAGGGCAGUAAAUCAAAUAAAUCUGGAUCAGAGGACGAGAUGAAAGAAGCAGAUGAGAGCACAGGGUCUGGAGAUGGGCCAAUGAAGUCACUACGCAAAAGAAGGGUGCGGAAGGACUAACGUGUGUUCAAGUAUUCUUAAUGACUGAGAGAGAGAGAGAGAGAGCGAGCUGGCAUGAAACGACCCGCAGAAGCUCUUCCAACUAUCUAGUAAUGUUAGUCUUUCAAAUGCUUGUUUCCGUCUUUCUUUUCAGGGGGAAAAAGUAACUUUGAAAUUAUCUGGGCUUGGAAUUUAGAAUAAAAGAAAAGCACAACAUUA